AUGGGACUACUUGCAUUUGUGGUCAUUGACAACUAUUUCUAAUUUAUUGAUUGGAGAGUUUAACUCAACUCUACCUUGGGUGUUAUUGUUGUCAUUUUAAUUUGCACUUCACCCAUUCUAAUUUUCAUAUUUCUAUUCAAAAAUAGAACCAAGCUUCAUAGCUCAAAGAUGGAAUCAAGAUAUGGCUCACUUUAUGAGAAGUAUAUAUAAGAUGCUGAGAUUCGCUAUGAAUUGGGCAAAGUUUUCAUUGCUUUUGUUAUUUUAAGUAUUUUUGUAAACUUCAUAUUGAUACUAUACCAAAUAGUUAGGUAGUCUAUAAAGAUCUCUAAAGUCGUCAUUAAGAAAAUUAAAAUGAUUAAAUCACUGGCAAUGGUAAUUAGAAUUAAAGUGGAUAAAAUCAGACAUUAAUAACUAGACUCUAGAGAUAGCACUUUAGAUAUGUCUCAAAGUGUUUCAAUAUCUCCAGUUCAAAAUUACAGUCAAGUUAAUAGCGGUAGAACUACUCUGAAUCCAGAUGAGUAAUCAUCACCUAUAUUCCCACCAAAGAGAAGAUUACAUGAUAGAGUCAAAGGUAUAAAACUAACGGAGAGAAAUGACAUGAUGAAAACCAUGAGAAUAGAUCCCUUUGGAUGUGAUGAUGAAGAGAUUAAACUUGAAGACUCACAGAGGAGAAUUCCAACUUUUAGCACCUGA